AUGUCAUUUGUUUAUCGUUCUCGUAAUCAAAGUUAAAUUUUGGAUCCUUCCCCAGGUCCAGGUUCCUAUGAAUUGGAUAGGAAGUGGGAGAGAAUGAGCACUCAAAUACCCUCUUUGCCUUUGGUUGAUAUCCCCAGAAAGUUAAGUCCUGGACCAGGGGCAUAUGAUUAUAAAGGAUCAUCUCAAAACAGCCAAGCCGCAAGUGCAGUCUUCAAAAACGAAGAAGAAAGAUUCAAAGAUGAGAAAUGUGGCUUAGUUGGUCCAGGAUAUUAUGAUAUUGCAAUGUUAUAAAAACAUAAAUACCCACAAUCUCAUCGCCCAAAAGUCAUUGAAUAGUUAAUGUAUGCAGGAACCUAUCAAACCGCAAACUCAAUACCUUAUGAAAAGAGAUAAUAAGCCAACGUUGGACCUGGUUAUUAUGACACUCAGCUCUCUCAACUAAAUAAACAUGCCAGCUUAGUAAGUAAUUGGUCGAGGAAAUCCUCCAAACAUGAAGAAGCAGAGAAUUCCAUUGGUCCUGGACAUUACGAUGUUGAUAGAUUUUAUAGGUAUAGAGAUAGAAAAGUUGGAUAAUAAGUAAAGUUUUCGGCCUCAUAAGAACCUAAAUUCUACGUUAAAAAGGGCCUUGAUAAUAAAAUCUAUUACAGUUUCUAAAAGUCUUCCACUCCUGACUCUGAUUCCUCAUAAUACGAAUACUUAGAUGAUUCAACUCCUGGCCCAGGUUAUUAUCAAACCUAAUCAACUGCCAUCUCUACAGGAGCCAAACUAUUAACCAAAGCCCCAAGAUUUGCACUUAAAAACCAAAAUAUUCCUGGACCUGGUCAAUAUAAUCCAGCUAUGAUCUCUAUUAGUUAAUAAGUUGAAUUUCCUAAAGCAGAGAGAUUCAAACAGAAUUCCAACUCUGUUUCACCCAGUCCAGUGACCUAUUCCCCUAAAACUUCCAUGAAGGAUAAGAUCGUCUAAAAAUUGAUUCAAAGUCCUAAUUAAGAGGUUGGCAGUAGAUUGCCAAGAUUUUGUAAGAAAAAACCAAAGAACACUCCUGGACCUGGAUAUUAUUAUAGUGAAGCCAACAAAACAGAGAAAAAAGAAAUUUCGUCAAGUCCAUUCAAAAGUAAAGUUAAAAGAACUUCAUUGACAUCCACUGAAGAUGUACCACCUCCAGGAUUUUAUGAUACAUCACUAGGAACCAUUUAGGAGAAAUUGAAGAGUCAAAUUGAAUACAACUUGGAACAAUUGAUUGACAAACCACCAUUUGGAAUAGGGGAAGAGAGAUGGAAGCAAGCAAUCAUAGAGGAAUCCGAAGAUGAAAGGAUUGAAAGAACUUCAAAUUAUAGGAAACCAAUGUCUAAAGAUCCACCUGCAUUUGGCUAAGGACAAUAAAGAUUUCAACAUCAGAUUAAUGAAUCUCCAGAUCCAUUAUCAUAUAAUAUAUAGCUCUAAUGGGUUAAAAAGAGCUUCAAUUUUUAGUAAAUUAAAAAGUGA